AUGGAUAGCCAAAACAGCCUCUCGAUGAAUGGUGGUGGGGAUGCACAAGCACUUUUAGAUCAUCCUGGCGGUGGCCAGAUGGGCAUACACAGCCAGAACAAGAUCUUGCGAUCUGAUUUUCCCAAGGAUUUUAUCUUUGGUUCUGCAACAUCUGCUUAUCAGGUUGAAGGUGCUUGGGCCACAGGUGGUAAAGGCCAGAGCAACUGGGAUGUCUUCACACAGAGAACACCUGGUAAAAUUGAGGGUGGAACUAAUGGUUGUGUUGCUAUUGAUCAAUAUAAUUUGUGGAAGGAAGACGUGGCUUUAUUAAAGAAUCUAGGCGUUGACUCUUAUAGAUUUUCAAUUGCAUGGACAAGAGUAUUGCCAGGGGGAAGAUUAUCGGCUGGCAUAAGCAAAGAAGGAAUUAAGUAUUAUAAUGAUCUUAUAGACUUGCUCAUUUUCGAAGGAAAGAUUAUUGUGAGUUUGCCGAGCUUUGCUUUUGGGAAUUCGGUGAUCGGGUAA